AUGGUCACGCGGUUGAUGGACGUCGGAGAGAUCCGCUUCACGCAGGAGCAUGUUUAUGACACCUUCAACGCCAACUCGGAGCGAGCAGGCAGCGUCUUGGACUUGAUGGAGUCCAUCCUCUCAGGUGCCAAAACGCCCUGGGACAUCCCACUGAUUCGUGUCGCGGCCAAGAAGGGCGCCUACUGGUGUGUGGACAAUCGAAGGCUGUUUACCUACAAGCACUUGCAGCUGGGGAAGAUCCCUGUGCAGGUGUUCAGCUGGAAAGAGAACCGUGAGUUUGAACUGAAGUACCGCAACGGGCUCCCGUUCCGUCGGCAGACUGCCAAUGGCUUGCGUGCGGGCCUGAUCCAACGAAGCCCAGAGCCUUUCCCAAGGAGCCCUGUGGCUGAAGCCUCGCUGUCCAAGUUUCAGAAGCUUUUCACACCCAAGCAGCAGCGCAAGCACGAUGCGCGAAUCGCAGCGCUGAAACUGGCCAGAGAGCAGGAGACAAGAGAGCGACAUCGAAAGCAGGCUGCAGGAGUUGCUUCCCAUCAAAGGCCAGCCAGCGAAGAAGAAGCGGAAGAAGGGACUCAGUGCCUCGAAGCGCAAGUUGAAGGCAGCGAAGGCCUCACAGGAUGA